AACAUGCCAUUUUGCCCUUGGGACCAGAGCCAACCAUUGUUUCAUGUCCAGCAUGUCAUGUCACGAAACUAACACGCAUCGACUAUGAACCAAGCGCCAGGACACAUUUAAUGGCAGCAAUACUUUGCAUAGUGGGCUUAUGGUGUUGCGUCUGUUUGCCCUACUGUGCAGAGAGUUGCAUGAGUACGAACCAUUAUUGCGGUAAUUGCAAUAAAUUCCUGGGCACCUACAAUGGCGGCGGAUUCUAAUGGAUUGUGAAGCGGGCAGAAAGCAGCGGUUGACCUUCAAACCCUCGCCAGCAUUAUUCUUUUAUUUUCGUUUACAUUUUUAUAAAACCAGUAGUUAAUCAAUGAA